AUGGCAGGAACGAAUAUCUCUGUGGAUAAGGACCAGUUCUGUUGCUCAGUGUGCUUGGAAGUGCUGUGGGAGCCGGUCACGAUUCCUUGCGGACACAGUUAUUGCAUGGAGUGCAUUAAAGGUUACUGGAGGAAAUGUGAAUUGAAAGUGGAAUUCAGCUGCCCUCAGUGCAGACGCACCUUUAGCCCCAGACCUGCGCUGUCUAGAAACACCAUACUGGCUGAUAUCGUGGAGAAACUGAGGAGAACCGGCAUUCAAGAUGCUGGUGGGAAAGCAGCAGAUGUCGAAUGUGACAUUUGCACCGGGAAGAAACAUCGAGCUGUUAGGUUCUGUGUGAAAUGUCAGAUGUUUUACUGCGAGAUGCACCUGAAAACUCACAAUGAAAGGAAUCGUGGCAGGAUGCAUCCGCUUACUGAAGUUACAAAACAACUGCAGAAAAGAAUCUGUUCACGUCACAAUAAAUUGCGGGAUGUUUACUGUCGCACAGACCAACAAAGCAUUUGUAGUUUGUGCUUCAAAGAUGGACACAAGGGGCACAGCGUGGUGUCUGUGAUGGAGGAGAGGAUGGAAAUACAGAAACAUCUUGAGGAAGCAUGGAAAAAUUCAAAACUGAGGUGUAAGGAACGAGAAAAGGAACUCAGAGACAUUAUAAAAUACGUCAAG